AUUCGGAAAAAAAUGAUAGAUGGAGAAAGUGGAGAAAAAACAUUUGAAACACUGGUCAAGUCCCAAGAUGAGAGAUAUAUUGAUAAAGGAAACAGAACAUAUACAUGGACUGCUGUGAAUGGCACCGAUUACAGUUUGGCAUUGGUGUUACCAUCGUACAGCUUUUAUUAUAUUAAAGCCAAAAUAGAAGAACCAAUAACUCAAGCCAGAUAUACAGAAACACUGAAGCUUGAUCAUUUUGAUGAAGCUGGCUAUACAUUUAUAGCACCCAGAGAAUACUGUAAUGAUGUAAAAAAAUCAGAAAACAACACUGAAUUUCUAUUAAAUUUCAAUGAAUUUAUUGACAGAAAUACUCCAAGCAGUCCGUCAUGUAAUACUGACAUGGUCAUUAGAGUUUUGCUGGAUGCAGGAUUUACAAAUGAACUUGCCCAAAAUUAUUGGAGUAAACUGUCUCUUGAUGGAGUUGUUGCACAAUUUGUUGUUACAGAUGGUGGAAUUACUAGAGUGUUCCCCAAAAGGGCAGGAGAAGAUUGGUUGGAAAAUGCUGAAACUUAUGAAGUCAGCUUCUAUAAACGGAGUUUAGAUAAUGACAACUAUAUUUUCACAGCUCCGUACUACAACAAAAGUGGUGCCAAUAGCUAUGAAACAGGUAUUAUGGUAAGCAAGGCUGUGGAAAUAACAAUUAAUGGGAAGCUUCUGAAACCAGCAGUUGUUGGAAUAAAAAUUGAUGCAACCAGCUGGAUGGAAAAUUUCACAAAAACCACAAUCAAGAGCCUGUGCAACAGUGAAAUCUGUGGCUGUGAGAGAAACAGUAUGCAUGUGGACUGUGUUAUCCUUGACGAUGGUGGAUUUCUUUUGAUGUCAAAUCGGGAUGAAUAUACACAACAGAUUGGAAGAUUCUUUGGUGAAAUUGAUCCUGGUCUGAUGCGAAACCUGAUUAACAUGUCCCUGUAUGCCUUUAACAAGUCGUACGACUAUCAAUCGGUCUGCGAUCCCGAAGAAGAACCAAAGCAAGGAGCUGGACUUCGUUCUGCUUAUGUGCCUACGAUAACAGAUAUUUUGCAUCUAGGAUGGUGGGCUUCAGCAGCUGCCUGGUCUAUCUUACAGCAGCUGUUUUUGAGCUUGACUUUUCCACGUUUCCUUGAAGCAGCUGAUAUGGAAGAUGACGAUUUUGGUGCCGCCCUGCCUAAAACAAGCUGUAUCACUGAGCAAACUCAGUAUUUCUUUGAAAAUGAUGAUAAAUCCUUUGGUGGGAUUGUAGACUGUAUAAACUGCUCCAGACUUUAUCACGCGGAGAAGAUUUCAAACACCAAUCUAGUAUUCAUUAUUAGUGACAGCCAACUGCUGUGCCGCUCCUGUGACCCAAAGCCACUGAUGCAAGCGGAGAAGCCGGAUGAAGGGCCAAAUCCUUGUGAGAUGGUCAAACAACCUAGAUACAGAAAGGGUCCUGAUGUCUGUUUUGAUGAAGCCAAACAGGAAGAUUCGGCUGACUGCGGUGGUGUCUCUGGUCUGAGUCCAUCACUGUGGUCUAUGGUAGGAAUCCAGUUGGUCCUGCUUUGGCUGUUAUCUGGCAGCAGACAUGGCCAGUUAUGACCUUGCUAAACCAAAACCUGCAUAACUUAAUCAAGACCCGGCCAAAACGAUAGCCUCAGUUUCAUUUUAAAAAGGGUCAGCUAUUCAGACAGCAGCAGAACAGCAGUGCUCGUGUCUGGUUAUCACUCAUUGUGAGACUCAUGAAGGCACCCACAGUGGCUGCAUGUUGGAGUGUCAGAUCCUUAAAUGUGUGUGAAUGCUGCAUCAUCUAUGCCAUCCAAACAGAAUUCUGUACGUGCUUCAUUGGGGAAUCUAAGAAUAUUUUUUGUUUGUUUGUUUGUUGUUGUGAUCUUGAUAACUUCAUGUAAAAGGGCUCCCCUGACAAUAGCUUAUGUAUAUGAUUUUGAUUUCUUUUAAGCUUUGGAUAUCUUGAAGAUUUAUAUUCUUUUACAUGAACAUUUAUUUAAAA